AUGGACGUCCCUGAGCAGCAGCCCGACCCCGACGGUGGGGACGGCCCAGGCCACGAGCCCGGGGGCAGUCCCCAGGACGAGCUGGACUUUUCCAUCCUCUUCGAUUAUGACUAUCUGAACCCCAUCGAAGAAGAACCGAACGCACAUAAGGCCAUCAGCUCACCCUCCGGACUCGCAUACCCGGAUGAUGUCCCGGACUAUGGCCUCAAGCCAGUCAACCCCCUCGCCAGUCUCUCUGGCGAGCCCCCCGGCCGGUUCGGAGAGCCGGCUAGGCUAGGGUUCCAGGACUUUCUGAGCCCUGCCAAGCCAGCGGGGGCUUCGGGCCCAAGCCCUCGGAUCGAGAUCACUCCAUCCCACGAACUGAUGCAGGCAGGGGGGGCCCUCCGUGGGAGAGACGCCGGCCUGCCCCCUGAGCAGCCGGCCCUGGCCCUGGCCGGCCUGGCCACCAGCCCGCGGUUCACGCUGCCCGUGCCCGGCUUCGAGGGCUACCGCGAGCCGCUUUGCUUGAGCCCCGCUAGCAGCGGCUCCUCCGCCAGCUUCAUUUCCGACACCUUCUCCCCCUACACCUCGCCCUGCGUCUCGCCCAAUAACGCCGCCGGGCCCGACGACCUGUGCCCCCAGUUUCAAAACAUCCCUGCUCAUUAUUCCCCCAGAACCUCUCCAAUAAUGUCACCUCGAACCAGCCUCGCCGAGGACAGCUGCCUGGGCCGACACUCGCCCGUGCCCCGUCCGGCGUCCCGCUCCUCCUCACCCGGUGCCAAGCGGAGGCAUUCGUGCGCAGAGGCCUUGGUGGCGCCCCUGCCCGCAGCCUCACCCCAGCGCUCCCGGAGCCCCUCGCCACAGCCCGCGCCCCACGUGGCACCCCAGGACGACGGCAUCUCCGCUGGGUACCCUCCCACGGCUGGCUCUGCUGUUCUCAUGGAUGCCCUCAACAGCCUGGCCACCGACUCACCCUGCGGGAUCCCCUCCAAGAUAUGGAAGACCAGUCCUGACCCGACCCCCGUGUCCACCGCCCCGUCCAAGGCGGGCCUGGCUCGCCACAUCUACCCUGCCGUGGAGUUCCUGGGGUCUUGCGAGCAGGAGGAGGGGAGGAAUUCUGCUCCCGAGUCCAUCCUGCUGGUACCACCCACCUGGCCCAAGCAGCUGGUGCCGGCCAUUCCCAUCUGCAGCAUCCCUGUGACUGCAUCCCUCCCUCCACUAGAGUGGCCACUGUCCAAUCAGUCAGGUUCUUAUGAGCUGCGGAUCGAGGUCCAGCCCAAGCCUCAUCACCGGGCCCACUACGAGACGGAGGGCAGCCGUGGUGCUGUCAAGGCCCCGACAGGAGGUCACCCUGUGGUGCAGCUCCAUGGCUACAUGGAGAACAAGCCCCUGGGCCUUCAGAUCUUCAUUGGGACAGCUGAUGAGAGGAUCCUUAAGCCGCAUGCCUUCUAUCAAGUACACAGGAUCACCGGCAAAACCGUUACUACCACCAGCUAUGAGAAGAUUGUGGGCAACACCAAGGUCCUGGAGAUCCCGCUGGAGCCAAAGAACAAUAUGAGAGCCACCAUCGACUGUGCAGGCAUCCUGAAGCUCCGAAACGCUGACAUCGAGCUGCGGAAGGGCGAGACAGACAUCGGCAGAAAGAACACACGAGUUCGCCUGGUGUUCCGAGUGCACGUCCCGGAGCCCAGCGGCCGCAUCAUCUCCCUGCAGGCCGCGUCCAACCCCAUUGAGUGCUCUCAGCGCUCUGCCCACGAGCUGCCCAUGGUGGAGAGACAAGACAUGGACAGCUGUCUGGUCUAUGGGGGCCAGCAGAUGAUCCUCACGGGCCAGAACUUCACGGCUGAGUCCAAGGUUGUGUUCAUGGAGAAGACCACAGAUGGGCAGCAGGUUUGGGAGAUGGAAGCCACGGUGGAUAAAGACAAGAGCCAGCCUAACAUGCUUUUUGUUGAGAUCCCCGAGUAUCGGAACAAGCACAUCCGCGUACCCGUGAAAGUGAACUUCUACGUCAUCAAUGGAAAGAGAAAACGAAGUCAGCCACAACACUUUACCUACCACCCAGUCCCUGCCAUCAAGACGGAGCCCAGUGAUGAGUAUGACCCUUCUCUGAUCUGCAGCCCUGCCCAUGGAGGCCUGGGGAGCCAGCCAUAUUACCCACAGCACCCAAUGCUGGCCGAGUCCCCUUCCUGUCUUGUGGCUACCAUGGCCCCCUGCCAACAGUUCCGCUCGGGGCUCUCAUCCCCCGAUGCCCGCUACCAGCAGCAGAGCCCUGCGGCGGCUCUUUACCAGAGGAGCAAGAGCUUGAGUCCAGGCCUGCUGGGCUACCAGCAGCCAGCUCUCCUGGCAGCACCCUUGGGCCUGGCCGAUGCCCACCGCUCUGUGCUGGUGCAUGCUGGUUCUCAGGGCCAGGGGCAAGGAUCCACCCUGCCACACACAUCCUCCGCUAGCCAGCAGGCCUCACCUGUGAUUCACUACUCGCCCACAAACCAGCAGCUCCGUGGCGGGGGGCACCAGGAGUUCCAGCAUAUCAUGUACUGUGAAAACUUUGGCCCCAGCUCUGCCAGGCCUGUCCCACCGUCCAUCAACCAAGGUCAGAGGCUGAGCCCAGGCUCUUACCCCACGGUCAUCCAACAACAGACUGCCUUGAGCCAAAGAGCUACCAAAAACGGACCCCCAGUCAGUGACCAGAAGGAUGCUAUGCCCACUGGAGUGGCAAUCAAACAGGAACAGAACCUGGACCAGACCUACCUGGAUGACGAGCUGAUAGACACACCCCUUAGCUGGAUACAAAACAUAUUAUGAGACUGAGUGACUGGUCUUUGAUCCGAGAAAUCAAAGCGAAAGUUAAUGAAAUCAUCAGGAAGGAGUUUUCAAGACCUCCCCCACGAAAUCAGACCUAGAAAACAGCCAUUAUCUCAAGAAACCUUCCACCUUGGAUCCCUCUGUCUCUCCCUCCUUCUCGGACUGGAACACUGUGUGGGCACAGCGCAGGCUGCUGGUGUGGGAGUCCUGCCGCCUCUCAAAGCUCAUCUCGGCUGAUGUCCACGGUGACUGGAUUUCCACCAGAAAAAGCAACUGCCUGCUGACCAAAGCCCCAUUCUCAGUUCACCAGGAAGCUGAGCUUGCCUGAGACCUGGAGGCUGGGCUGGGGGAGAGAACUGAACUUCAGCCCCAGCCCACAAGCAUGGCUCCCGUCUCUCCUGAAGGGUGUUUAGACAGAGCAACCCAAAGAACAUGCCCAAGAGUCCAACUUUUGGGCUUGAGAACCCCAGAUCUCUAUAGGAGCCAAAACCAGACCAUCAUCUCUGCCCCAGGCGGGGCAUAGCAGAGCUUUAUUUUGAAUUUUCUUUCCAAAGACGAACUGCCUUGCCCUGACAGGACCACCUGUUCCAACUUCUCGGCGUUAAGUUAUAACACAUGUACAUGUUUGCCAGCUUCUGGGGGCUUUGCUUUGUUUUUCUCUGCUUAAAAGAGCCAACUAAGGUGUCUGCAGGCUGGGCCCUCUCAGCCAGCUACCCCCUAACCCUGCUGCCUGCACCAGACCUCUGGUGGGAUCCAGCCCGGGCCGCCUGUUGAGAACAAUGCUUCCUCCUCUCUACCCUCCUCCCAGACAGAGCCUCCUCCACCCAGGAACUGGAGAACCUUCUGGGUCUUUGCAUUGACUGUUACAGAGCUAAAGCCACCUAACCCAAUCCAAACCUGCAGGUGUUUGUCACAACUGCCACCAAACAGAACAAAGGGACUGAAAUAUCCCCCUCCCCUAAACCCAAAGCAGGAAAGCGCCGGCAUCGCCCUGUUGUUCUGGUUUUUACCUGGAUGCAUUUGAAGUUGCUGUCGGAUCCAACGCGUUGCACAUGUAACUCGGGCAGAUCUGCCCCAGCAUGUGCCUCAGUGUGAUCAAGCCCUGCUUGGCCGGGUUGUGUGUCCUGUGGAAUUCUCCACACUCGCUCUCACGGGGGUCCUCCACAGUCUUCCUCCCCUGGGCAGUUUGUUUUUCCUUCCGGCAGGGCUCUCCUCGCCAUGAACAAGAUAGUUUUCGUGGCUUGCCUUCACCACAGGUGCCCUGUACACGUUGGGCGGGCAUGUUAAGUGACUUUCUUAGCUCUUGUCUGCUAGGCAGAGGCCCAAGUAGCAAGCCACAGUGGCUAACUACCCAUCAUGUGUUUCUUACAUUCUGACUUUGUCAAGGCCAUCCCAAGGUGAAUCUUCUUGGGAGCUGGGCCAGCUAUGACUAGCUCUCCAGACAGGGCCCCCAUGCCCAGGGUUCAGCUUGAGCAUGACAAGUGUGACUUCUCGGCUAAUAUUUAGUAUUUCUUUCCCUUAGCAGCAGCACCAGGCUUCCCUCCACCCACCCCAAGCAUAGAGCUGAGCAGAAUUCUCUUUUGAACCCAGAAUGUCCACAAAACGUUAAGCACUAAGCCUCUGAUUCUAAGUACUUCCUAUUAAACAAAGCAAGCUUCCCUGCUGGCCCUUUACUGGAGCAAUACCGACUUCUCUGGGGAAGGGUGACAGGGUUGGUGAGAGAUCAGUUCUCACUUGCCCUGGCUGGGAGCCACUUUUUGCACAUGAGGAAUCAGGCCCUUCCUCAGAUUAUCUCAAUGUUUUACCCAAGUGCCUUCCUGCAAUUGUAGUGAGUAGUUCGGUUGCGUUGUCUGCAGGGUGAGAAAGGGCUAACUCAUUUCCCAUUCAUCUUCUAACCAUGUCAGCAAAAGGGUUUCCCGUAGUUCAGACCUUCGUGUGUGUGUGUGUGUGUGUGUGUGUGUGUGUGUGUGUGCAUGUGUGCA